AUGGUCCCAGGCCCUCCUGAAAGUUUCGUUCGUUUUUUCCUGUUGUUUUGUGUUAUCCUCCCACCCCUCGGAAAGGACCUCAAGACCUGUGGCCGCCUCCCCUGUCCAACCUCGAAACUACAUUUUUCCCCUGCAAAUAUUGAGCACCUGUACCAAAAAUCUCCUGCCAAGUGGGAAUGAUUACACUUAAUUUACAGAAAAGGAACCAAGGCUUAGAGAAGAAAU